CGCGCUGGGAAGGAGGGCGGGAGGGAAAGGAGGGAGGGGGGAGGCCGGUGCCCGAACCAAGAUGGCGGUGCAGGAAUCGGCCGCUCAGCUCUCAAUGACUCUGAAGGUGCAGGAGUACCCCACUCUCAAGGUGUUUUAAGCUAACACAGUUGAGGAGAGGAUGCACACCAUUUUUCUGACCCUUGAAAGGAGAGCAUAGUUCUGUAAUGGUUCCCCCCCACCUGAUCUGAGAUAAGCCUUACCAGGAACUCUUACAAGAAAGACUGAAGCCCUUAUGCGGAUAAGGAACUGGGCAAGAUUAAAAACAAACAUCAAGAUUUAGUAACCAGCUUCUGUAAUGGAGGAAGAUUUCUGUUAGGAUUCUGCUGGCAUCCUGAUGAUAUUCAGCUGUUUGAGCAGCCUGGAAGAAAGAGUGCCAUAUGAAACGCUGAACAAACGAUUCCGAGCUGCACAGAAGAACAUUGAUCGGGAGACCAGCCACGUUACCAUGGUGGUGGCAGAGCUGGAGAAGACGCUGAGCAGUUGUCCUGCUGUGGACUCGGUUGUCAGCCUCCUGGAUGGAGUCGUUGAAAAACUCAGUGUUCUGAAACGCAAGGCCGUUGAGUCAAUCCAGGCUGAAGAUGAAAGUGCGAAGCUCUGCAAACGCAGGAUUGAACAUCUGAAGGAGCACAGCAGUGACCAGCCGGCUCCUGCCAACAUGUGGAAGAAGAAACGCAUGGAUCGUAUGAUGGUGGAACAUCUCCUGCGCUGUGGCUACUACAACACAGCUGUCAAACUAGCCAGACAAAGUGGCAUCGAGGACUUGGUAAAUAUUGAGAUGUUUUUGACUGCUAAGGAAGUGGAAGAGUCAUUGGAAAGACAAGAGACUAUGACUUGCUUGGCUUGGUGUCAUGACAACAAAUCCAGACUCAGAAAAAUGAAGAGCUGUCUGGAGUUCAGCCUAAGGAUUCAGGAGUUCAUUGAACUCAUUCGACAGAACAAGAGACUGGAUGCUGUGAGACAUGCAAGAAAGCACUUCAGUCAGGCUGAGGGAAGCCAGCUGGAUGAGGUUCGACAGGUGAUGGGAAUGUUGGCCUUUCCUUCAGACACUCACAUCUCUCCCUAUAAGGAUCUCUUGGACCCUGCUCGAUGGAGAAUGCUGAUCCAACAGUUUAGAUAUGAUAACUACAGACUACAUCAGCUGGGAAACAAUUCUGUUUUUACUAUAACACUCCAGGCAGGCCUUUCAGCUAUAAAAACACCACAGUGUUAUAAAGAGGAUGGGAGCUCAAAAAACCCCGACUGCCCUGUGUGUAGCAAAUCCCUGAACAAGCUGGCUCAGCCCCUGCCGAUGGCACAUUGUGCCAACUCCCGACUAGUCUGCAAGAUUUCGGGGGAUGUAAUGAACGAAAAUAAUCCUCCUAUGAUGUUACCAAAUGGAUAUGUCUAUGGAUACAAUUCUCUGCUUUCUAUUCGUCAAGAUGACAAAGUAAUUUGCCCAAGAACCAAAGAAGUCUUCAACUUCUCACAAGCUGAGAAAGUCUACAUCAUGUAGGUCUGUAAAACACAGGAUGAAGUGCCGCUGGAAUUCUGACACAGUGUAUCUUGGCAUACCCUGUAAAAAGGGGGGGCCUUAAUGUGUGGCAAAGAAGCAAAACCUGCCACCUUGGGGAGCAGACCUGUCGGUGGCAUUAUUGUUUCUUGCGACCAAAGAUCAAUGAGCAACAAUAAACACUCUAGAAAGGAAAAAAAAAAAAAAAAAAGGAAAAAAAACAAAAGAAAAGGAAAAAAAAAAAAAGAGAGAGGAAUUAUGACUUAAGUUUGUACUUGAAUAAAAAAACGCAAAAACAAAUUUUGAUUGUUAAGGUUUUGUAACAUAAAGUCAAAAAUUGGACUCUUCUCAAAGAAAAGUACUUUCAUCUUCUAAAGGAUAGCUUUCUUUAAAGACGGACACUUGCACUGGGGGAAAAGUUACAACAGAAUUGAAAUGAAAUCCAUUUUUCUUCCCUCUUUUUCACAAUUGUCCAAGACCCUUUUGUUAUCAGAGAUCAGUACUACCAACGUGUUCUCCUUUAAGCUCCUCUUUGCCUUUUUUAUGAUCCUCUGGUGAAGUAAUCCUGAACAUGAAUGAUGUAACUUAUUUCCGUGGGAAGAUAUUUUUUAUGUCUUUGACACAAGGUGGCUUCUCUGGAGGAUCAAAUAGGGACUGGUUUGAAGGAGUAUGAAGUCUUAUUCCAAACCCAAAUAUUUUAAAGAGGUUGCAUAAGUAUCAAGAAGAACUGAGAACAUUUCAGGCAAAAUCCAAUGCUUGUUUAAAUGUUCUUUUUCCAGUCUACCAUAGUGUUAAAGUCCUUCUAAAGUUAUUAGUUAUGUGCAUAGGGUUCAAUAUGAAAUCAUUAGUGCUACUGCCUUAUUUCUUGCUUUGAGAAUGUACUCACAUGACAAUGAGCUGGUAUUCUUAAGUGUUGGGCGAAGUUUCUGAAGAUGCCUUGCAGGAUGAUUACAUAAUUUUAGGGUCUAAAUAGUAUUCAUUACUGAAACUAAUAGUUCAAUUUUAACAACUGCAGAACACAUACUUAUGACUUUUCAAAAAAAUUAAACCAUUGUAGUUUAAACAAAACCAUAUUGUAGAGGUUUGUAUUUAGCGCUUAUUUUUGCAUGUUGAUGUUGAUUAGCUAAUAAAAGAUUGUAAAUGUAAGACAUGUUAA